AUGUUGCACCUUUCUGAUCAUCUUAACACUUUCACCAAGUAAGAUUAAUAAGUUAAACCGUUAAGAUAAGACUGAAAUGAUUAAGCAUGUCUUAUAUUAUAGUGCCUACAACUUCAGGGCAACCGGUGGAAUACCGACUCAAUUUGCCUACAAUGACUAUACUUUUGACAAUGUAGCAGAAUGGACUGGACGUCAAUAUUAUGAUAAAGUUCAAGUUGGUAACUUGGUAUUUCAAUCUACUAUCGGCGUCGUGGAGAAAUCGAAGGUAACGGUCGUAACAGAACACAGUGGCUACCUUGCACUAGGUAUGGCUGACAAUGCGCUUAUUAAACCCAUCAUGAACUACUCUACUCAGCCUCGGAUUACUAUUCAAGAAGGGAUAUACUAUCUUAAGGUAAGGUAGCUUUUCAACCGUACCCUACCCUACUCUAUUCUACCCUACCUUACCCUACCCUACCCUACCCUACCCUACCCUACCCUACCCUACCCUACCCUACCCUACCCUACCCUACCCUACCCUACCCUACCCCUACCCUACCCUACCCUACCCUACCCUACCCUACCCUACCCUACCCUACCCUACCCUACCCUACUCUACCCUACCCUACUCUACCCUACCCUACCCUACCCUUCCCUACCCUACCCUACUCUACUUUAUAUUCACGCAAUGUUACAGAAAAACGGCACAGACCAAAUACCACUUUUGGCAGAUCUAGAGGGAACAAUAACAUUUGGGGAAUAUCGUGGUAAAGAAUGUGGAACGUUCAAAGAGUACAAAACAAUAACCGAUGGUUUUUGGGUAGUGCUAGCGAAGUGAGUUAUGCUACUAAUCAAUAUACUAAAGUUUCGAAAAAUUUUUAAAAGUUUGUAGAGUUUUAAGACAGUUUUGUUAUGUUAAACUAAGUUAAUGUUUCUUAAAGUAAAUUCAUCUUCAGCGUAAAAAUAGGAGAAAAAGAGUACAAUGGCCAAAUUGUGGCAUUAAAUGUUGGCAAACCAACCUUAGUGCCAAUGGAAGUUUACAAUGAUAUUAAGAAAGAGUAUGCAUCAAAGGAAGAUAUGCCUGAUAUUACCAUCACGAUAGAAGACGACGAAUACAAAAUGACACCCGAUCAAUAUGCAGAGUACGACGAGGAGGUAAACUUUAGCUUAGAAAAACUUUGA